AUGAUUUACAGAUGUUACAUUUAUUUGAUUGUAGGUGGGCAGUUUGAUGUUAAGGAUAACGUCAAACACAACGAACCUGAACCUGUUGAUGAUGAAACUGAUAUUAUUGAACAUUCGGACUUGAAAGCUGAUGGUGAUCCAGAUACCAGUAGAAAAUCAAAUGCAAAAGAAGAUGGUAAACCAGAGAAAGAUGAAGAAUCUGAUGCAAAAGACAAUGGUGAAGUGGUAGAACAAAAUUAUACUGAAAUAGAAACACCUGAAGAAACUACCAAAACUGAAGAUGGUCAAAAGGAAUCCGAAACAGAACCAAUUAAAGAAAAUAUUGAACAUACCGAAACUGAAAAGGUAGAUGUAGAAUCUACUGAAAAUGAUAAGAUUGUCUGUGAUGAUCAAGUUACUGAUGAAAAACAAGAUGAUGCCGUCCAAAUAAAAGAUGAUGAGACUAAACCUGAGAAUGUGAAUCAGCAGGAAGAUGAGGACAGAAGUAAAGAGGUCACAAAAAAGAAUCAAGUAUUAGAAAAUGCUGACCAAGAUGGUGAUGCUCAUGAUUCUGAGAGUGUAGCUGAGGAUAAUUUGGAGAAUAUAGAGGCUGUUGAAGAGAAUGGCCAGGCUGAAGGGCCGAUCUCUUAUGUUGACAAUCCAGGCGAAGAAACAUAUCUGCCAGGACUUGAAUAUGAAACUCAGCCUGGACCUACAGGUUACUAUACUCAAAAUGGUGAAAUGAUAUAUUUGAAUAUUGCUGAAGAUGGGCAGAUGAUUUACCAAACUGAAGAUGGGCGAUUGGUUUACCAGUAUCCAGAUGAAGAUGGUCGUAUCAUAUAUCACACUGGAGGUGUAGAAGUUACAUAUGAUGCUGAAAAUCCAUCUGCCAUUGUUGAGGAUGCUGUAUAUGAUGAUGAGGAUGAUGAUGGUGUUACUGCAGCAGAAGCAGACUAUAAUCUUGAUGCACCUGCAGAAGAUGAACGAGGACCUGAUUUCAGCAAAUAUCAUGGAGAAGCAGAGCAUAGUGAACAUCAAAAUACUUAUGCAUCAUCUCCUGAACCAUCAAGUACUUCUGAAUACAAACCUUCUGAUUCUGGUGCCACUGCUGGUGCCAGAAUGGACCAAAACCCACAAAAUCAAUAUGAGCCUGCUGAUGGCACCAGUGGAUACAAGUCUUGCCCAACACCAAAUAAUAGUUCUUCAAGAAGAGGAAGUCAUGGGACCACAGGAAGUAGGCACCUCUUCAGCCCUGGACCAAGGGCACCACCAUUUAGGAUACCUGAAUUCAGAUGGUCAUACCUACAUCAGAAGUUACUCUCAGAUCUUUUGUUCUCUAUUGAAACUGACAUUCAAGUUUGGAAAAGUCAUAGUACACGUGCAGUAGUAGAUUUUGUGAACUCUGGUGAAAAUCAUAUUUAUAUUGUCAAUGUGACUCACAUGAUCUCACAACUGGCAGACAAUCUCAUCAUGUCAUGUGGAGGACUCUUGCCUUUAUUGGCUGCUGCUACUUCACCUAAUGGAGAAAUUGAAAUUUUAGAACCAAACCAAGGGUUAAGUAUUGAACAAGCUGUAUCUAUUUUACAAAGAAUAAUGAAUAUGACUGAUAUUGUGGUGUUCACUAGCUCAACAAAUUUCUCAGAAUUGGAGCAAGAAAAAAAUAUGCCACCAGGUGGUAUACUUCGUCAGUGUCUACGUUUGGAACUUUUUUUCUUCUUCUUUUUUUUUUUUCUUCUUUUUUUUCUUCUUCUUUUUUCUUUCUUCUUUUUUUUUCUUUUUUCUUUUUUCUUUUCUUUUUUCUUUCUUCUUUUUUUUUUCUUCUUUUUUCUUUCUUCUUUUUUUUUCUUUUCUUCUUUUUUCUUUUCUUCUUCUUUUUUCAGAUUCUUCUUUUCUUUCUUCUUCUUUUUUCUUUCUUCUUCUUUUUUUCUUUUUUUCUUUCUUUUUCUUCUUCUUUUUUCUUUCUUUCUUCUUUUUCUUUCUUCUUUUUUUCUUUCUUCUUUCUUUUUUCUUUCUUCUUUUUUUUUUUCUUUCUUCUUUUUCUUUCUUCUGCAUUUUAAAAUUUCUUCUUCUUUUUUCUUUUUCUUCUUUUUUUUUCUUUCUUUUUCUUUCUCUUUUUCUUUCUUCUUUUUUUUUUUUCUUUUUCUUCUUCUUUUUUCUUUCUUCUUCUUUUUCUUUCUUCUUCUUUUUCUUUUUUUUCUUUCUUCUUUUGGAAAGAAUGGAAAAAAAUUUUUCUUUUUCUUUUUUUUUCUUCUUUUUCUUUCUUCUUCUUUUUUUCUUUUUCUUCUUUUUUUCUUUCUUCUUCUUUUUUUUCUUUCUUUUUUUUUUCUUUUUUUUUCUUUUUUUCUUUUUGUAAAUUUUUUUUUCUUUUCUUUUUCUUCUUCUUUAAAACUUUUUCUUUUUCUUUUUUCUUCUUUCUUCUUUUCUUUUUUCUUUCUUCUUCUUAUUAUUCUAUUCUGUACCGCUGCUGUGAGAAACUGUCUGGAAUGUAAACAUAGAUAUACUCCAAAGACACCUGUAGCAGAACCUUCUCCACCACAACCUACACAGCGGCAAAACUCCAAACCAACAAAUGGUGCUGAUCCUAUUCAUUCCCUUAUUGGAGGUUCACAUCCAUCUCCAAAAAAUAUCGUUGAAAACUUGGGAGGUCAAACUACUCCAAUUAAAGAUGCUGAAAAAUUACUUCAGGAUAUGGACAUUACACGUUUAAGAGCUGUGGUAUACAGAGACGUGGAUGAAACAAAACAGGCUCAAUUUUUAGCCUUAGCCAUUGUGUAUUUCACAUCUGUUCUGAUGGUUUCCAAAUAUAGGGAUAUCUUGGAACCACCCAGCCCUGCAUCCACACCAACUCUGGGACCACACCGUUCAGCAAUUCAUUCCCCAACAUCAAAGGAAGUAUCAGGUAGGAAGCAUAGACCAUGUUAUAUAAUUUUUAUUUAUUAA